UGAGUGAACGAGGGAGAGGGAGAGCGAGGCGAAGGAUCCGCGGAUGCGGCGGGGUGUCUGCGCCCGUGCGUGAAUCACGCUUCAGAAACGCUCUCGCUCACGCUCUCUCUCUCUCUCUCUCUUCGCUCGCUCGCCGUCGCCGCCGUCGUCGUCGUCGUCCCCGAGUGCGCCCCGCGACAUUGACCCGCGUAUCGUGUUGUGUCGUGUCGUGUCGCCGCCGGACGCCACUAUCGACGGACAGCCAGCAGCAGCAGCAGCGGCCACCCCGAUCGAGCGCGAGGGAAGGACGGCGGCGUCUCGCGGCGCCGAUCGAGGAGAGCGGCACCCACGAGGAGGCCACCGGAGUCGCCCGCGAUCCUCGCUCCGAACCCCCCCGAUCGCCAUGGCUCGUCCCGCAACCGGUACCCGGUGUUCUGUGACGGAGGGUGUCCUCGCGGCGCGGUGAGAGAGGACCUCCAGCCUGCGACUCUCUCUGCCUGCCGGGUGCGCUUCCCCAGGAAGCUCGCUGUUGUCGCCGGGACCCGGCCAGCGACGUCGCCGUCGUCGCCGUCGCCGUCGCCGUCGUCGCCGUCGUCGACGCUGACGUUGACGCGGGGCCGGAGGUAUCUCCCGUCUUCGAGGUGGUGCCGCGAGUGAAAGUCGCGGGAGAAACGGCGAGGCGCGAUAAGUAUAUAUAGAGACGUGCACGCGUUGACGAGACGCGGCUUGGAGUAAAGGCGCAGAGACGCAGCAACGGAGGAUAGACUGGCAACAAAGGACCAGAAGCGGAUACAACAUGUCAGAUGAGGAAGACAAACCCCCCGCACCCCCUGUUCGAUUGACAUCAAACAGAGAGGCACUGAGCUAUGGGCCGCUAAAAAUAAUAUCCCUCGGUGGCUUUCUGUUGUGGGAGAGACCAUCAUUAAAGAUGUCUAGACGUAAUCCCGGCGUUGCCCUGACAGAUUUGAGAGACCGGCGUGCUGUCAGGACGUCUAAAUAUAUCUACGUGUAGUCCGAGUUUCAUGUGCGCUCCGUGAUGGCAGCGAAAGUAUCCUUGACCCUUAACAGAAUAGGGGGAAUCAGCGCCUAAUCUACCGGUGGACAUGCGUCCGCUGCCUAAGGAGCCGGAUUCCGACGAACGCAAGAAGAAGACCCUCAAGAGUAAGAUGAAGGUGAAGGAGAACAAGGACAAGCCCAACAUCAGCUACCCCACGAACUUCGAGCACACCGUGCACGUCGGGUUCGAUGCCGUGACCGGUGAAUUCACGCUGCCACUGAAAGGUAUGCCGGAGGCGUGGGCGAGAUUACUUAUGUCCAGCAAUAUUAGCAAGCAGGAACAGAAGAAAAAUCCGCAAGCUGUGUUGGAUGUACUGAAUUGGUACGACAGUAGCAGUAAGGAAGCAAAAGGCUCUAAGUACAUGACCACAACCAAGAUGGUUGGAGUCGUCGCUCCGAUCGAAAGGGCGAGUAGUCCGCGAAGCAUAGGAAUGAGCAUCGGCACGGGAGUGGGAAACAUUCGCGGCCAGGCGAUGUCCCAGGCAUCCGGCAGCUCUCAUUCCCAGCAUUCGUUGAGCAGAGUGAGCAGCAGUAGCCCGAGUAGCACGCCGACGGACGCGUGUGCGACCAGCUCGGAGCAGGAAGACGAGCCGCCACCUCCGCCGAUCUCCGCCCGACCGGAACGCACGAAAUCGAUCUACACAAAGCCCAUAGAAGAGGAACCACCGCCUCCCCUGACGACCACGCUGGGCUCGCCACAACGAAAUGGCAUGCAGCAACAGCAGCACCAGUCGCAGUUGGAUAGAAAUAAGAAUCAAGCAACGCCGACGUCAACAACGACCGAUCAGACGCGACCGGCGCAAGGCGAUAAGGCCAGAAAGAAGAAGAUGUCGGACGAUGAGAUCUUAGAGAAGCUUAGAACAAUCGUGAGCGUGGGAGAUCCUAAUAGAAAAUAUACGAAAAUGGAGAAGAUAGGGCAGGGGGCCUCGGGGACAGUGUAUACAGCAAUAGAAACGUCCACUGGCAUGGAAGUUGCAAUAAAACAAAUGAAUCUGUCGCAACAGCCAAAGAAAGAGCUUAUAAUAAACGAGAUUCUGGUGAUGCGGGAGAACAAGCAUCCGAACGUUGUAAAUUACUUGGAUAGUUAUUUAGUUGGGGAAGAACUGUGGGUAGUCAUGGAAUAUUUGCCAGGUGGCAGUUUAACGGAUGUUGUGACUGAGACUUGUAUGGACGAAGGUCAGAUCGCCGCUGUGUGCAGAGAAGUGCUGCAGGCGCUCGAGUUCCUUCACUGUAAUCAAGUUAUACACAGGGACAUCAAGUCCGACAAUAUUUUGUUGGGUCUCGACGGCGGGGUGAAGUUGACGGAUUUUGGCUUUUGCGCGCAAAUCUCGCCGGAACAGAGCAAGCGAACGACGAUGGUCGGCACGCCGUAUUGGAUGGCGCCGGAAGUGGUAACGCGAAAGCAAUACGGACCUAAGGUUGAUAUAUGGUCGUUGGGAAUAAUGGCAAUCGAGAUGAUCGAAGGGGAGCCACCGUAUUUGAAUGAAAAUCCGCUCAGAGCAUUGUACUUGAUUGCGACGAACGGCAAACCGGAGAUCAAGGAGAAGGACAAGCUGUCGGGUAUAUUCCAAGACUUCCUGGACCAGUGUUUAGAGGUCGAGGUGGAAAAACGGUCCGCGGCUUCCGAGCUAUUAAAGCAUCCCUUUCUGAAAUUAGCUAGGCCACUGGCUUCGUUAACACCUUUGAUAAUGGCAGCGAAGGAAGCUGCCAAAGGUCAUUAAGAGACAGUGGCAGUUAGAUUGUAGAUUCGUAAGACGCGACUCCAAGAGUUCGGUUAUGCGAAAUAAAAAGAAGGAAAUAAUGAAUCACCCUCCCAAAACGGAAACGGCACAAUAAUUCAAUAAUAUAUAAUAAAUAAUGAAUAUAAACGUAUAUAUAUAUAAAUAUAUAUAU